AUGGUUCGCAACUCUCUCUGUUUCCUCGCCCUAGCGGCCGCCGCCCUUGGCAGCCCCAUCCAGCCAGACCACGACCUUGAUCUUGAAUCUCGCCAGACAGCCAGUGGUUGCUACCAUCAUGCCGCCCCAACCUGCUGUCUGCCGGGGGUCUGCAUGUGCCAAAAUGGUUGGAUCUACGAGAUCAAUAGAGACCAGAUGAAUGCUGGUGGCCACGGCUGUGACCCGCCCUGGGGCUUCAUUGCCACAUCUCGCAACGGCCACCCCCAUUUACUAUUAAGCUACGAAAUGCAAUUUUAUCCGCAGCAGAGCAGGCACGAAGCAGACCAGGACCGGGGGAUUGCGCGAGUCUGA